UAUGAGUUUAUCUUUUUCCUUUACUCCCUUCUCUUUUGUUUCUUGUUAAUUUUUACUCUUUGCUCAACGCAUGGAUGUACCUUUUUCCCCUCUGAAACGACGGUUGCCCGUGCCCAUUGUUUCGUCCCAGUAGCCGCCCACACACACACAGCCUUGCCGCCGGCCGUGCUGCUGGCUGGCUGCAAACUGUCCCUAAACGCGCCCACCUCACGUCAACCGCACACGUUCACCACCAACAUCUUCUCUUCCACAACAACAAUAAUUCUGCCAUUCUGUAGCGUCUUGCCAACAGCACCAAGUCGCCCACAAUGGUCAGCUGGGACUCCAUCCGGUCCCUCGUCAUCUUCUUCGGCCCCGUGCUGAUCCCCAAAGCCAUAUCCUACUACCGCUCCGCCCGCGCUCCCAAAUCCUCCCGAAUCCCCAUCCAACCAGUCCCCGCGCGCAUCUACUAUGCCCUUCUUCUCCUAUCCGGCAUGACGCUCGCGUUCCUCCUCAAGACGCUACCCGCCCUCGCCCCCGAAAACAUCUUCAAGCUCACCAACUCGCGCCUCCAGAUCCCGACCGACGUGCUUUUCAACCGUCUGGCCUCGCUGCGCCCCGACACGGCCCUCACGGCCAGCGACACCGUUCUGCGUAGCAAGUUUAUCAAUCUCGAGAGCCGCCUGCUCUAUCUGCAAUUCGGGCCCGACACGCUCUCCGCAUGCCCGUUCUGCCACGCCGACGACCCCCGCGCCUAUUUACUGUAUGCGGUGCCCUCGAUGCUCUGGCCACAUAUGCUGAAUAUUGUCGUCGUGGCAGCUGCUACGACGGCGCUCUGGACGGGGCGGUACGGCGCGCAGUGGCGCACGACAGCGACGAUUGCGGGCUUCGUGCUGGCUGGCGCGGACGUCUACAUGACCAGCUCGUACAGGUACCAGGCGAAUGCGCGGGCGCUGCGCCUCGAGGAUCUGGACUGCUUCUUUUGGACGAUGCGCAAUUGGCGCCAUGUUGCGCUUGCGCUGCUGGAUGGGCUGCUGGCGUGGGUGAUUUACUUGUCGAGCACGAACCGGGCGUUUUUGCAGCUGCCGUCGGCGGCGGAGCGCGUGGAGGGGGUGAAUCGCGGGUUGCAUCUGGCGAGGAGUAAGUUGAGCGCGGUGGGGAUUGUGCAGAAUACGACGGUGCGGGAUGAGGAUUUGCGGUUGAAGAGUGAUUCGUAUUGGCGACGGGAGGGGGCGCUGAUGCAGGAGGUUAUGGAGGAGAGGGAGGUUGUGGAGGGUGUGAAUGAUGCGCUGAGCAAUCGUAUUGAUAUGGCGAAUAUCACAAAGGAUGCUGAUCAGUAUACAAUGGGCAUUCUGCAGUCCAUGGAGUAGAUGGUGGUAUAUGGCGGGGGAUACAGUGUGAUGAGAGGGUUUUGCAUACAUGAGUGGAUUGAAACAAUGUGUGAAGAUGCAGUGGUUU